CUUUCGAGCUGUUCUCUUUGACCUGCUCGUAAACUCUUUUUCGACCUUUAUAUUUGUUGUUAUACUAGUCACAAUUCAGCUACCCUUAUCCUUCUCUUUACUUGCACACAACCACCCGCUGGCUGCAAACAAGAGAACGAACAUCAGCUCGUAGAAACACGUGUCUAUUUACAACAGCCAAACUUGACACAAACAUCAAGUACAAGUUGCAUUGAAACUAUGGAUGUGACCUCCACGCUGAGCCAGCAGUUCUACACCGAAUCCGCUUGCGUCCCGGCCCUUCUGACGAUCGCAAAGGAUCACGAACAGCCGCAUAUCCGCCAGCUUGCCGCGGUAGAAAUGCGCAAACGCAUUCCCGUAUACUGGAGCACCUUCGACGCCGACACACAGCAGCAGAUGCGCGACGCAAUCCUGCAAAUGAUCAUUGCCGAAACGAACAACCUGGUGCGCCAUUCGCUCGCGCGUGUAAUCUCCUCGAUCGCCGAGCUGGACAUCCCCAACCAGAGAUGGGGCGACCUCAUCCAGUUCCUCUACAAAUGCUGCCAGAGCCCCACAGCCGCGCACCGUGAGAUCGGUAUCUACGUGCUGGACUCGCUUUUCGAGACCAUCGCGGACACGCUGAGCGAGCAUAUGCAGCAUUUGUUUAAUCUCUUCUCGACUCUCAUCAAGGAUCCCGAGAGCCUGGUGGUCCGGGUCACGACGCUGGAGGCCCUGGGGAAGGCCGCUGAGUUUAUUGAGCCUGAGGAUCGCUCCGCCAUUAAUGCGUUCCAGGCGCAGGUGCCUGCCAUGGUGCAGGUGCUGCAGAAGUGCCUAGAGGUUGGCGAGGAGGACUCGGCGAGCCGCUGCUUCGAGCUGAUCGAGUUCAGCAUUAACGUGGGCUCCAACGAGGAGUUUGAUGAUAAUCUGCGCAUCAUGGCCUUGAACUUUUUGGUUUGGACCGCCACAUACAAGCGUGGGCGUCUGCAGAAGCUCAAGAUUGUCAAGCUCCUCAUCGACAAGAUGAUGCCCAUCACCGCCCAGGAGGACCCCGAGGACAUUGACGAGGACUCCCCUUCGAGGGUCGCUCUGCGCGUGCUCAACGCCCUGUCGACAAACCUUCCGCCCCAGCAUGUGUUCCCCGUGGUCAUCGCCCAUGUGGUCCAGUACAUGCAAAAUGCCGACCCGAUCUUAGCCAUUGUCAUCGAGGGAUGCGUCGACUACACUCGCUUGGGAACAGGCGACAUUGUUGCGCUUGUUUGUGCUGGGCUGAGCGAUCCCGAUGCGCGCGUGCGCCGUGCCUCGUGCAUGGCCCUUGGAUGCAUUGCUGACGAACUGGGCGACGAAGUUGCUGACCACCAUGAGAAGCUCAUGCCCCUAAUCUUUAACCUGAUGAACGAGUCCGACAUGAUGAUCGUCAAGUACGCGAUCAAUGCGCUGGACAGCAUCCUCGAGGGUUGGGCGAGCCCAUUCUCGCUACCUCCUCACCUGAUGCGGCGCCUGGUGCAUCUCCUCGAUGUUGGCUCUGCCGAGGUCAAGCCUCUUGCGCUGGCAGCCAUUGGCAGCGCGGCGCACUCUUCGGGUGAUGCAUUUGCCCCGUACUUCAACGAAGUCAUUCUGCGCACCGCCGGCAAGGACGCCUUCAGACCGUACCUGGAGGAGACCAUGAGGCUUGCCCUGCAGGGCAUGGAGCUCGACUCGUCAAACCUGCGCGAGUGCGGCUACUGCUACUUUGCUGUUAUGAGCCGUGUGUUUGAGGGUGAGUUUACCCAGUACGUUUCCUUCAUUGCCCCGAUGCUGCUGCAGACCCUGCGCAUGGAGGAGUCGACUGCUUUCGGAUUUGGUACUGAGGAGGAUCCCGACAUGGACGAUGACGACGACAUGUCGCCCCUUGGCAUGAGCACCGCUAUUGCUGACGAGAAGGAGGUCGCUGCGGAUGCUGCUGGCGAGCUGUUUGCCAGCACGACCACUGGAUUCCUGCCAUACGUCGAGGAUAUUGCCAAGGAGCUGAUCACCCUGCUUGACCAUUUCUCGGAUACUGCGCGCAAGUCAGCAAUUGUUUCCCUGUUUACGUUCAUCCGCACGUUCAACGUUAUUGCAAGCCCCCAGCAAUGGAAGGCUGGCGCCCCCUUGGUAAAAGGUUCCAUUGACGACAACACGGCCGCUAUGAUCAAGCUGGUGCUCAAGAUGUGGGAGGAUGAGGACGACAAGAUGGUGGUUGCCCAGCUUUGCACUGAGCUACGCUCUAUCAUGAAGGACGUUGGGCCUGCGGUGACUAUUGACUAUGCUCAAGAGAUUUCCGUGCGCCUGCUAGAGAUCUUUGAGAAAAAGGCGCUCUGCCAGACAAUCGACUACGAUGACGACGAGGAUGCUGACGACGACGACGACGAGCUGGCCGAGCACGACUCGUUGCUCAUCAGCGCUGCCGCCGACUGUGUGGCUGAAUUCGCCGAUGUCUUUGGUGACGCAUUCGAGCCCCUCAUGGAUACUUUCCUGCCGCACAUUGUCAACUACACCAAGCAGUCUUUUGCCGUAAGCGAGCGCGCAAUGGCUGUGGGCUGCCUUGCUGAAAUUACAAAGAACAUGGGUCCCAGCAUUACCAAAUAUGCCGAGGCUCUGUUCCCGAUUUUUAUGGCCGGCCUGCACGACGAGCACCCCGAGGUGAUCAGUAACGGUGCGUAUGGUAUCGGCGUGCUGAUUGAGUCGGCGACCAUCGACGCCACGCCGUACUUUGGAGGCAUUCUCAAAGCAUUGUAUCCUCUGAUCCGGGCCAAAGAGAACUCGAACAACAUCAGAGACAAUGCGGCUGGAUGUGUAGCCCGGCUGAUCCUCGAGAAUGCUGAUGCCAUUCCAUUGGUCGAUGUGCUACCAGUAUGGAUUUCAGCCCUGCCUAUCCGCAGCGACCACAUGGAGGACCUGCCUGUGUAUGAUGCCAUCUGCCAUUUGCUGAAGAACAAGCGCGAGAAGAUUGAGCAGUUCCUCCCAGUUCUGUCUCCGGUUCUCAAGCAAGCGAUGGAAAGCUCUGAUACGCUGUUUAGCGAUGAGAGCCGGCAGUAUCUGAAUUCGCUAUGAGUUCGGUUUUAAAAAAUGUUGAUUGUGGCAAGAGCACGGGGUAUUACUUGCGGUCAAUUUGUCAAUUUUCGUUGUUUUUUUGUUGGGGAGGGAGACAGGUAGUGGUAGUGGUGAUGGUGGACCUAGUAAUAAUGGAUCGCGAUGGCAAUAUAAGUUUUAUUCAUUUUUUUGACAUAUCAACCCAUUUAAAUGACCAAUGUUUGACUUUUU